AUGGCGGCGCCGCAGAAGCUGGACUUGUACCUGCAGGGGCUGGGGGCGUUCCAGGAAGGCGCCGCCACCCUCAAAUCAGGCGACCCGCUGUGCCUGCAGCAGCUGGAGGGCGGCCGCCUGGCGUGCGUCACACAGGGCGGCACCCCUGUGGGCCUGGUGCCCGCGGACAAGCGAGGCAUGCUCAUGCGGGGGCCCUGGUCAGGGACGGUGCGCAGCAUGAGGUGGCAGGCGGUGGCACCCGCAGCAGCAGCAGCCGGCGAGGCAGGCGGGACAGCAGAGGGCACGCCUGCGGCAGUGGCAGUGCCGCCGCAAGAAGCGCCACAAGACGGCGCUGCGCCGCCGCCCAGCACCCAACAGCAGGAACAGCAGCAGCAGGAGGCGGAUCAAGCGGGUGCACAGCUUGCGGCCCUUGUGGUGCAGCAGGUGCUGGUGCGGUUCACUCCCGAGGAGCAGCGCUGGCAGCAGCGGGGGGCUGAGCCGGAGCCGCCGGCGGGGGAUGGGGCCACGGCGCACCUUUCGUGGGAGCAGUUUGAGCAGCUAGCGGCCAGCGAGGAGGUGCGGUGGAUGCUGCGGGACGAGAGGCUGCAGAAGGUGGUGGCGGAAAUCGACGCGGCGCCCAACGCCGAGCGGGCGCUGGUGAGGGCGCUGCAGGCGCCCAACUUCAACGAGUUUGCGGACAAGGUCCUGUCGGUGGUGGCGCCCGAGGCGCCACCUACCUGA